AUGCAACAAAGUGUGGCCAGUAGGGGCUUCCAUGUGCGAGGUCCUGCUCAAGCGCGGUACCUCAGUCAUAACGGUGAAGCUCUGAAAAGCAGUUGUCGAUCUGGGAAUGCAGGGCUUCUGGAGAAGUUGCUCAAUAGCACACACGGAGCGGUGCCCGAGAUUUUGACCAUCAUAUUUCAAUCUUUUCUAGUACUCGAUCACAAAAUACGACCCCGGGCUAUGGUAUUGAUUCUACAAGCUGGAAUGCCCGUCGACAAUCAAGUGGCCGCCACUCUUGAUAGGCUCGUUCUCGAAAGACGCCCACAUAUGCAACCCAUUAAAGUUCUUCUAGCCUUCCAUGCUUCGGUCCACUUCGAGGGGCAUCGACCUCUUCUAUACGCUACCAAAUCGUCCAAUACAAUACCUCUGCAGCUCUUGCUUGAACGGUCCAAAGAUCCCUCCGUAUUGUCAAAGUUGUUUGCAGCACUCAUGGCAGAUCAGUCAUUCUGGAAGAAACAAGAGGCACUCCGCAUGAUGACCCUCUUCCUCGAGAAUGGAGGAGAAGGAAUUUCGGUUCAUGAUGAUUUGAUCAAGGCCGUGACGGAUGAGCAGCCAAGUGCCAGACGUUCCGAAAUCACCGUGCUUCAGCAGGUCAACAUUGAGCACAAAGAUGAAGAAGCACUAUAA